AUGCAGGGCGACGAAAUGACCCGUAUCAUUUGGGACAUUAUUCGAGACAAGUUGAUUCUCCCAUACGUCGACUUGGAUAUCAAGUUCUUCGAUCUCGGCAUCCAACACCGCGACCAAACCGACGACCAAGUCACAAUCGACGCUGCCGAGGCGAUCAAGAAGUACAAGGUCGGCAUCAAGUGCGCCACCAUUACUCCGGACGAGGCUCGUGUCAUCGAGUUCAACCUCAAGCAGAUGUGGAAAUCUCCCAACGGCACGAUCCGCAACAUUCUGGGAGGUACUGUGUUCCGUGAGCCUAUUCUCUGUAAAAACAUUCCCAAACUGGUCCCAGGAUGGACUCAGCCUAUCGUCUUGGGACGCCACGCCUUUGGUGACCAGUACAAGGCUACCGAUAUCGUUGUGAACGGACCUGGCCGUUUAGAGCUUGUCUUUACGCCAAAGGAUGGAUCCGAGAAGAAGAACUUCGUUGUCUAUGACUUUGAAGGGCCCGGAGUUGCCCUUGCUAUGUACAACCACGAUGAGUCGAUUACGGGUUUCGCUCACUCGUGCUUCAAGGUUGCACUGGAUAAGUCAUACCCUCUGUACAUGUCGACCAAGAACACCAUCUUGAAGAAAUAUGACGGCCGCUUUAAGGAUAUCUUCCAGGAGAUCUAUGAGCGCGACUACAAGUCACAGUUCGAAGCCAAGAAGAUCUGGUAUGAGCACCGUCUCAUCGACGACAUGGUCGCACAGAUGCUCAAGUCAUCGGGAGGAUUUGUUUGGGCCUGCAAGAACUAUGACGGUGAUGUUCAGUCGGAUAUCGUUGCCCAGGGGUAUGGCUCCCUCGGACUCAUGACAUCCGUUCUUUUGACACCGGAUGGUCAGUGCUGCGAGGCAGAGGCAGCCCAUGGGACCGUGACUCGACACUACCGCGAACACCAGCGGGGCCGCGAGACUUCGACCAACCCUAUUGCAUCCAUCUUUGCCUGGACACGUGGGCUUGAGUUCCGCGCCAAGCUCGAUGGCAACGCGGCAUUGAACGACUUUGCUCAGCAGCUCGAACGUGUCUGUAUUGAUACGAUUGAAGCUGGCGACAUGACCAAGGACUUGGCGUUGAUUAUCCACGGCAAGAACCUCAAGCGCGAGCACUACCUCAACACUUUUGACUUUAUGGAUCGUUUGGCAAGCAACCUUCGCAAACGCAGAGGUCUGCAACCCGCCCUUUGA